AGAUUGGGAGAGAGAGACUGAGAGAGAUAGAGGGAGAGAGAGAUCUCUCUCAUCUCUCUUGAGCACAUGAUAGACAGGUUGGAAUUUUAAGAGGACCCAUCUAUGUUGGUUAAUUCAUUCAUUCAUAUCCUUAUGUUUGGGACAAUAUACAUACAUUGUAAUAAUUGAACAAGAAAAAGCUUUACUUUAGCCUUUGACCCCCCAUUGCCUUAUGUUUUCUCUCUCUCUCCCAGUCUCUUUGGUGUAAAUCUCUCUCAAAGCUUUUCUCUUUCUCUCCCCCUUUUCUCCUCUCUUUCUACACACAAAUUAGGGGCAACUUCUUUCUCUUUAUACAUUAGUGCUGUUCUUUUCAACUGGCAAAGCAAACCCUAAUAAAGUUCUGAUCUUUGCAACCUCAGAUUCUGUCUUAACCAAGGUGGCUAAUUGAUGGGAUUCUUCGGCUGAAUAGAUCAGAGAAUCUGCAUAGUCUACUAUGGCCUCAAAGUCCGGUGCCAGUAUUUCCAUGAAAAACCAGAGUAAAACAGGCAACUCAGGUCUUCCCGCGACUGAGAAAACAACUAGCAUGACACAAGAAGUUGCAUCUAAACAUGUUAUUAAGGAAGCAUCAUUAAAUCAGAAGUUACAGCAGAAGGGGCAAGCCAACUCGUUGGCUGAUAAAUUAGAUUCUAGCCUUUCUCUCCAUCACCAACCGCAAACAACAAAAAGCAAAAACCCUGCUGCAAGUGAGACAAGGGGCUCACUUGGAAGUUUAGGGGAUGCGGAAAAGAAAGCAUCGGAGCUUGGAACUCCCAAAGAUAGUUUGACUGCUAAAGUUAGUGAUGGAUCCAGCGGCCUUGCAAAAACUAGUGGAAGUGCCAAAAUCAGUGACAAGGCUGAUUUUGUUGAGAGUGGGAAGAGCAGCAUGUGCAGGGGUAGUACAAGCACCGAUAUAAGUGAUGAAAGUACCUGUAGCAGUUUAAGUAGUAGCGUUAGCAAACCUCAUAAAGCAAAUGACUCAAGAUGGGAAGCCAUCCAAGCUGUUCGAGCCAAAGAUGGGGCCUUGGGUUUAAGUCACUUUAGAUUGCUAAAGAGGCUGGGAUGCGGAGAUAUCGGCAGCGUCUAUCUUGCCGAAUUGAGUAGUACUAAGUGUUACUUUGCUAUGAAAGUUAUGGACAAAGCUUUGCUUGCUAGCCGGAAGAAAUUACUUCGCGCUCAAACAGAACGAGAAAUUUUACAGUCAUUAGACCAUCCAUUCCUUCCGACCUUAUACACACAUUUUGAAACAGACAAGUUCUCGUGCUUGGUGAUGGAAUUCUGCCCUGGAGGCGACUUGCACACACUUCGGCAGAGGCAACAGGGCAAACAUUUUUCAGAACAGGCUGUAAAGUUCUAUGUAGCUGAGGUCCUUUUAGCUAUGGAAUACCUUCACAUGCUUGGAAUUGUUUACCGUGAUUUGAAGCCGGAGAAUGUUCUUGUUAGAGAAGAUGGACACAUAAUGCUUUCUGAUUUUGACCUCUCCCUCCGAUGUGCAGUCAGUCCAACUAUUGUGAGGUCAGCAUCCAUGGAUAAUGAAGCCUUGCGAAAGAACCCUAACUAUUGUGCCCAGCCUGCUUGCAUUGAGCCUUCUUGCAUCCAACCAUCUUGUGUGGCCCCAACAUCAUGCUUCUCUCCACGGUUCUUUUCAAGUAAAUCAAAGAAAGACAGAAAACCGAAAAAUGAAAUUGGAAAUCAGGUGAGCCCAUUACCAGAGCUUAUGGCUGAGCCAACUGGAGCUCGGUCAAUGUCAUUUGUUGGAACCCACGAGUAUUUGGCACCUGAAAUCAUCAAGGGUGAAGGGCAUGGCAGUGCUGUAGAUUGGUGGACUUUUGGAAUCUUUCUCUACGAGUUGUUGUUUGGCAAGACUCCUUUUAAGGGAUCAGGUAAUCGAGCGACCCUGUUCAAUGUUGUUGGUCAGCCACUACGGUUCCCAGAGUCACCUGGGGUAAGUUUUUCAGCCAGGGAUCUAAUCAGAGGCCUGCUAGUGAAAGAGCCCCAGCACAGAUUGGCAUUCAAAAGGGGUGCAACUGAAAUCAAACAACAUCCAUUCUUCGAAGGUGUUAAUUGGGCUUUGAUCAGGUGUGCAAGCCCUCCAGAAAUCCCCAAGCCUGUUGAGAUUGAGCGUAUUCAACCUCCCCAAACCCCGUCAACUAGUGAAAAAGCUGCCGCCGUCAUGGUAACUCCUGAGAAGAAGGGUGAUAAUUAUCUUGAAUUUGAUUUUUUCUAAUGGUUUUGAAAUUGUUGUCUUAUUUGUUUUCUUUUUUCUCUUUUCUCUUUUCGCUGGUGAAACUGAGAUGGUAGAGAACCUAAACUCAUUAGAGGAGUCGAUAAUGACGAACCUUAGGAUUGUUAUAUUGGUAGUCGAUAAUCGUAUUUGUUGUUUGUUAUAAACAGUAAUUUGUUAUAUUGCAGACAGUGAAAUGCUUAUGCUGGAAGACUUCAUAAUGAUAUGCCAUUGCUCUUUUGCAAUGAGAAUAAUUAAGCAUGUUCUUGGAUUUUCA